AAAAGAAAAAGGGCCAAAGUUUCAAACCUUUCUAGGGUUAGGGUUUGAGCCUUCCGACCCUGUUCGAAGAAGAGACUCAAGAGGCAAAUCAGUAGAUUUGGUGGAAUAAAGUGAGAGAAAAUGUCGAAGAAGAAUAAUUUAGCUCGCAGAAAAAAGCAGUAUGAAUUCGACCUUCGAAGAGAGAAACAAGAGAAAGAAAAGAAGACGAUGAAGCUUUCGGCGAAGAAGAAUAAGAUGAAAGUUGAUACUAGGAGCAAGAAAAAGAAGGGUGCAGGUGGUUUUCAAGUUGGGAAGAGAAAGGUGAAGACCAAAUUGACUGCCUUGGCAAAAGCUAAAGCUGCUCAGGCCAUGGAGAUUGAGAAAUAAGGUUCAAAUAGAAUGUGAAGGUGGUUGUGCUAAAAAGUUAGGUGAAAUCGCUUUGUAGUGGAUAUGCAUGUUUUUUCAAUUUAUGGGUUUGUAAUUUAGAAGGGAGAUGGGAGAGUUUAUCUUUACUGUUUCCACAAUCGUAUUUUUGUUUGCUUUUAUGAAAAAAAUUUUCGAUAUUAUAUGGAAAUUGUGGAUUGUUUA